CUAAAAGGUAGCAAAUCCCGCUGAUGAAAGGAAGCCAAAUAUACGCCAGGGCAGUGCUUAUGGUUCAUAGGAUUCGCUUUGCUUCAAUAACCAAGGACAAAGCCAACACAGAUAUCUUUCAACCACUGCCAAGAGAGGAACUAGUUACUAAAUUCAAGUCGAAAUUACGUGACAGAGAGUUCACACCAGGUUCCACACAAGGCGGUUUCCCAGAGUUCCUAGCGGAACCAAGAGAUUCCUUUCCACUUGGUGUACGCGUCCCCAAUCGUGACCAGGCCUCCCUCGCUGAAUUGACUUCAAAAUGUAUGGAAUUCAUGGAAGAAAAUCAUCCACAGUGUCCAGCUAUUUUGUUUCGUGGCCUUCCAGCCCGAACAGCCGGUGACUUCUCGACUAUUGCUGGUAAAAUUUCAGGGGAGCCUUUUUCGUAUGAAGUCGGUGGCAGUACCUAUCGCCAACAAGUUGACAAAAACUUAUACCUCCAGCGAUGA